AUCACCUGAGUUGUGGGGUAAAUGUAGAGAGUGUCAAUCAAAGGCAGAGCUCUCAGAGCUGGGAAGGAGGCUCUAGAUGGCGGCUGUGCCUUAGAGAGAGCGCGCUCUGCUCCCUGCCUUCGCCUCACUUUACGCAACUUUCCCUAACUUUCGGGCAGCCUCAGGGGGCCCCCGCAGCCCCCUGCCUCUCCUAGUGACUUACUGGGGUCGAUUCGAACCUUUUUAAGGGAGAAAAGCAGCUUUUAGGAGCUUUCUUUUCGUGCCUUGUUGGAAAGAAGCAGCCGUACUGAGAGCCCAGGUCGUUGUUUUUUCCAGCUUAGAAGCCAUGGCGCACCUCCAUUUUUGUGCGCUCUCCUAAUGAGGUUUUUUUUCUUCCGGACCCGUUUUAGUAUUAAUUGUUGCUCUAUUUUUUUUGACCAGUUAACAUAUUUGAGGAUUAUUGUAUUUAUUUUUCGUUUUUGUAACGGAGGAUUUUGUUUUUAUUUUUAAUUAUUUGGGAUCUGAUAUUUUUCUACUACUAGAUAGGACUCUUGCUUUGGACCUACUACAUGGAUCAGUAAAUACCUGGGCACAGGACUUCAAAGCAAACACAGAUUCCCCCUCCCCCUUAAUAUUUAAGAAUUAAAAGAUGAUGAGAAAUAAGGACAAAAGCCAAGAGGAGGACAGUUCGCUACACAGCAAUGCAUCGAGUCACUCAGCAUCUGAAGAGGCUUCGGGUUCAGACUCAGGCAGCCAGUCGGAGAGUGAGCAGGGCAGCGAUCCAGGAAGUGGACAUGGCAGUGAGUCAAAUAGCAGUUCUGAAUCUUCAGAGAGCCAGUCGGAGUCGGAAAGUGAGUCGGCGGGUUCCAAAUCCCAGCCAGUCCUUCCAGAAGCCAAAGAGAAGCCAGCCUCUAAGAAGGAACGGAUAGCUGAUGUGAAGAAGAUGUGGGAAGAAUAUCCUGAUGUUUAUGGGGUUAGGCGGUCAAACCGAAGCAGACAAGAACCAUCACGAUUUAAUAUUAAGGAGGAGGCAAGUAGCGGGUCUGAGAGUGGGAGCCCAAAAAGAAGAGGCCAGAGGCAGCUGAAGAAACAAGAAAAAUGGAAACGGGAGCCCUCAGAAGAUGAACAGGAACAAGGCACCAGUGCGGAGAGCGAACCAGAGCAGAAAAAAGUGAAAGCCAGAAGACCUGUGCCCAGAAGAACAGUGCCCAAACCUCGUGUUAAAAAGCAACCUAAGACUCAGCGUGGAAAAAGAAAAAGGCAAGAUUCUUCUGAUGACGACGAUGAAGACGAUGAAGCUCCUAAGAGGCAGACCCGUCGCAGAGCGGCUAAAAAUGUUAGCUAUAAGGAAGAUGAUGACUUUGAGACCGACUCUGACGAUCUCAUUGAAAUGACCGGAGAAGGAGCCGAUGAGCAGCAGGACAACAGUGAGACUAUCGAGAAGGUCUUAGACUCGAGGCUGGGAAAGAAAGGAGCCACUGGAGCUUCUACUACUGUAUAUGCGAUCGAAGCUAACGGAGACCCUAGUGGCGACUUUGACACUGAGAAGGAUGAGGGUGAAGUCCAGUAUCUCAUCAAGUGGAAGGGUUGGUCUUACAUCCACAGCACGUGGGAGAGUGAAGAAUCCUUACAGCAGCAGAAAGUGAAGGGCCUAAAAAAGUUAGAGAACUUUAAGAAGAAAGAGGAUGAAAUCAAGCAAUGGUUAGGAAAAGUGUCUCCUGAAGAUGUGGAGUAUUUCAACUGCCAACAAGAGCUGGCCUCAGAGUUGAACAAACAGUAUCAGAUAGUCGAAAGAAUCAUCGCUGUGAAGACAAGCAAAUCUACAUUGGGUCAAACAGAUUUUCCAGCUCACAGUCGGAAGCCGGCACCUUCAAAUGAACCUGAGUAUCUAUGCAAAUGGAUGGGACUGCCAUAUUCAGAGUGCAGCUGGGAAGAUGAAGCCUUGAUUGGAAAGAAGUUCCAGAGCUGUAUUGACAGCUUCCAUAGUCGAAACAACUCAAAAACCAUCCCAACGAGAGAGUGCAAGGCCUUGAAGCAGAGACCACGAUUUGUGGCUUUAAAGAAACAGCCGGCAUAUUUAGGAGGGGAGAAUCUAGAGCUCCGUGAUUAUCAGCUAGAAGGUCUCAACUGGCUUGCUCAUUCCUGGUGCAAAAGUAACAGUGUAAUCCUUGCUGAUGAAAUGGGCCUAGGAAAGACCAUCCAGACCAUAUCAUUCCUCUCCUACCUGUUCCACCAACACCAGCUGUAUGGCCCCUUUCUUAUAGUCGUCCCUUUAUCCACCCUCACCUCAUGGCAGAGGGAGUUUGAAAUCUGGGCACCAGAGAUUAACGUAGUGGUUUACAUAGGUGACCUGAUGAGCAGAAAUACGAUACGGGAAUAUGAAUGGAUUCAUUCUCAGACUAAAAGGCUGAAGUUCAAUGCACUUAUAACAACAUAUGAGAUCCUCUUAAAGGAUAAGACUGUGCUGGGCAGUAUUAACUGGGCCUUUCUGGGAGUGGAUGAAGCCCAUCGGUUGAAGAAUGAUGACUCUUUAUUGUAUAAAACUCUGAUUGAUUUCAAGUCCCACCAUAGGCUCCUGAUUACGGGGACCCCUCUGCAGAAUUCCCUCAAAGAGCUCUGGUCCUUGCUGCACUUUAUUAUGCCGGAGAAGUUUGAAUUCUGGGAAGAUUUUGAAGAGGACCAUGGGAAAGGAAGGGAAAACGGCUAUCAGAGUCUCCAUAAGGUGCUGGAGCCCUUCCUCCUCCGUAGAGUCAAAAAGGACGUUGAGAAAUCCCUUCCUGCCAAAGUGGAACAGAUCCUCAGGGUGGAAAUGUCUGCUCUGCAGAAGCAGUAUUACAAAUGGAUUCUGACCAGGAAUUAUAAGGCUCUUGCCAAGGGAACACGAGGCAGCACGUCUGGUUUCCUGAACAUUGUGAUGGAAUUGAAAAAAUGCUGCAACCAUUGCUACCUGAUCAAACCCCCUGAAGACAGCGAGCGGGAGAAUGGGCAGGAGGUUCUUUUGUCCCUGAUCAGGAGCAGUGGGAAGCUGAUUCUAUUAGAUAAACUGUUGACGAGACUUCGAGAAAGGGGGAAUAGAGUCCUUAUCUUCUCCCAGAUGGUCAGAAUGUUGGAUAUCCUGGCCGAGUACCUGACUAUCAAGCACUAUCCUUUCCAGCGUCUGGAUGGUUCCAUCAAGGGAGAAAUCCGAAAACAGGCACUGGACCACUUCAAUGCAGAUGGGUCUGAGGACUUCUGUUUCCUGCUCUCGACAAGGGCUGGUGGCCUGGGAAUCAAUCUGGCUUCGGCAGACACGGUCGUCAUCUUUGACUCUGACUGGAACCCCCAGAACGACUUGCAGGCACAAGCCCGAGCCCACAGAAUUGGUCAGAAGAAGCAGGUAAAUAUUUACCGCUUGGUCACAAAGGGGACUGUGGAGGAGGAGAUCAUUGAACGGGCCAAAAAGAAGAUGGUAUUGGACCAUCUAGUGAUUCAGCGCAUGGAUACCACUGGCCGGACAGUUCUAGAAAACAACUCAGGAAGGUCCAACUCAAAUCCUUUUAAUAAGGAAGAGUUGACAGCUAUUUUGAAAUUUGGAGCAGAGGAUCUCUUCAAAGAACUUGAAGGGGAGGAGUCAGAGCCUCAGGAAAUGGACAUAGAUGAAAUUUUACGCUUGGCUGAAACUAGAGAAAAUGAAGUAUCAACAAGUGCGACAGAUGAACUUCUGUCACAGUUUAAGGUUGCCAACUUUGCAACAAUGGAAGAUGAAGAAGAGCUAGAAGAGCGGCCUCACAAGGACUGGGAUGAGAUCAUUCCAGAGGAACAGAGGAAAAAAGUAGAGGAGGAAGAGCGUCAGAAGGAGCUAGAAGAAAUUUAUAUGCUGCCUCGAAUUCGGAGUUCCACUAAAAAGGCUCAGACAAAUGACAGUGACUCUGACACUGAGUCUAAGAGGCAGGCCCAGAGAUCCUCUGCCUCCGAGAGCGAGACCGAUGACUCUGAUGAUGACAAGAAGCCAAAGCGCAGGGGGCGCCCCCGAAGCGUGCGGAAGGACCUCGUCGAGGGAUUUACCGACGCAGAGAUCCGAAGGUUCAUCAAGGCAUAUAAGAAGUUUGGUCUCCCUCUUGAACGGCUGGAGUGCAUAGCCCGCGAUGCGGAGCUGGUAGAUAAGUCCGUAGCGGAUCUGAAACGCCUGGGCGAGCUGAUUCACAACAGCUGUGUGUCAGCAAUGCAGGAGUAUGAAGAGCAGCUGAAGGAAAAUGCCAGCGAGGGGAAAGGACCAGGGAAAAAGAGAGGCCCAACAAUCAAAAUAUCUGGGGUUCAAGUUAAUGUGAAAUCCAUUAUACAACAUGAAGAAGAGUUUGAGAUGCUACAUAAAUCUAUCCCUGUGGACCCUGAAGAAAAAAAAAAGUACUGUUUGACCUGUCGAGUGAAAGCUGCACAUUUCGAUGUCGAGUGGGGGGUGGAGGAUGAUUCGCGUCUACUCCUAGGAAUUUAUGAGCAUGGCUAUGGAAACUGGGAGUUGAUUAAAACGGAUCCGGAGCUAAAGUUAACUGACAAAAUCCUGCCCGUGGAGACGGAUAAAAAGCCGCAGGGGAAACAGCUGCAGACCCGGGCGGACUACUUGCUGAAGCUGCUCAGGAAGAGUCUGGAGAAGAAGGGGGCCGUGUCAGGUGGGGAAGAGGCCAAAUUAAAGAAGCGGAAGCCUCGAGUAAAGAAGGAGAACAAAGAGCCCAGGCUGAAAGAUGAGCAUGGGAUUGAGUUUUCAUCUCCUAGACACUCAGACAAUCCAUCGGAAGAGGGAGAAGUAAAGGAUGAUGGCUUAGAAAAAAGUCCAAUGAAAAAGAAACAGAAGAAGAAAGAGAACAAGGAGAACAAGGAGAAACAAAUGAGUUCUAGGAAAGACAAAGAAGGGGACAAGGAAAGGAAGAAGUCAAAAGAUAAGAAGGAGAAGCCUAAAGGUGGUGAAGCCAAAUCUUCGAGUAAAUCAAAGCGAUCUCAGGGUCCUGUCCAUAUUACAGCAGGAAGCGAGCCUGUCCCCAUUGGAGAGGAUGAGGACGACGAUCUGGACCAGGAGACAUUCAGCAUAUGCAAAGAGAGGAUGAGGCCUGUGAAAAAGGCACUGAAGCAGCUGGACAAACCAGACAAGGGGCUCAAUGUGCAGGAACAGCUGGAGCACACCCGAAAUUGCCUGCUGAAAAUCGGAGACCGCAUAGCCGAGUGCCUUAAAGCCUACUCAGACCAGGAGCACAUCAAACUGUGGAGGAGGAACCUAUGGAUUUUUGUUUCCAAGUUUACAGAAUUUGAUGCUCGAAAAUUGCAUAAAUUGUACAAGAUGGCUCAUAAGAAAAGAUCUCAAGAAGAGGAGGAGCAAAAGAAGAAAGAUGAUGUGAUUGGUGGUAAGAAGCCAUUUCGACCAGAGGCCUCAGGCUCCAGCCGGGACUCCCUGAUGUCUCAAUCCCAUGCCCCGCACAACCUCCACCCUCAGAAGCCUCACUUGCCUGCCUCCCAUGGCCCGCAGAUGCACGGGCACCCAAGAGAUAACUAUAAUCACCCCAACAAGAGACACUUUAGUAAUGCAGAUCGAGGAGACUGGCAGAGGGAAAGGAAGUUCAACUACGGUGGUGGCAACAGCAACCCUCCGUGGGGCAGUGACCGGCACCACCAGUACGAACAGCACUGGUACAAGGACCACCACUAUGGGGACCGGCGACACAUGGACGCCCACCGCUCGGGGGGCUACAGACCCAACAACCUGUCCAGAAAGAGACCUUACGACCAGUACAGCAGCGACCGAGACCACAGGGGGCACAGAGAUUAUUAUGACAGGCACCAUCAUGACUCCAAGCGGAGGAGAGCUGACGAGUUUCGGCCUCAAAAUUACCACCAGCAGGAUUUCCGACGAAUGUCUGACCACCGUCCCCCUGUGGGCUACCAUGGCCAGGGACCCUCGGACCAUUACCGCUCUUUCCACACAGACAAACUGGGGGAGUAUAAACAGCCCCUGCCCCCCCUGCACCCCGCCGUCUCAGACCCUCGCUCGCCCCCUUCUCAAAAAUCACCCCACGACUCCAAGUCACCCCUGGAUCACAGGUCUCCCUUGGAGAGAUCACUAGAACAGAAAAACAACCCAGAUUAUAACUGGAAUGUUCGGAAAACAUAAAGGACAGCUGGGAAUGAAGGGGAGAGCAAGAGUCAUUGAGCACCUGGAUAUUUUUGGUCUGAUCCAGUAGGAGCCAGUUACCUAGACCAGUGAGUGGAGUUUCGGGACAUGCCGCUGCUGUCAGCUCGCUGGUGGAGGGAGCCCCUCAAGGAGCGGGGGGCCUUCCACUCGGUCCGGCCUGGGUUUGGGCCGCCACUCCUGCACUUUGACGCCCCCUCCCAUUCCAGCCUGGUCCUGGCCUCUAACUGCAAGAGGUGCUAGGAGGAAGACGUGACUUUUGCGUCCCAGCUUCGUGGGCUGUGUUUCCCCAUUGAAGGAAGGAGGGAUCUCAGAGUCACGAGGAUUUUGUUGCCAGGUCCGUGUGCCCUGGGCCCGCGCGCGGUGGGCUGGGAAGGAGCGUGUGUGUGAAGGUUGCCGGGACCUGCCAGACCGAGCGUGAUCUGCUUCACUGUGACGUGACGGAUGCUGCUGACAGGGGGUGGGGCGUGGGUUUCGCCUCAUAGGACUUGAAGGGGAGCAGGUACACUCCUCACAUGUGUUCUUGGGAGAACUGGACCCUUGGGCCUCCUUGUGACGCCUGUGGUGCAGGGGCUGGUGGGGAGCAGCUUCCGCGUGGCCCCUUCCCUAUAACACUAACCUUUCCCACACUAUCUGGACAUUUCAGAGGUUCGGUCUCUGAGCGGGUCUCCUCUGCCCCGGUGCCGGGGGGAGUCGGCCCGUCUGGCUGACUCGCCCUUACUGUGAGUUUGCGGCAGCAUUGCAGCUGGUGUGGGUCUCUCUUGACUGGGAGUGGGCUGGAGCAGUGCUGGGGGGCAGUGUGGCCAGGGACCCGGCAUCCCUGGUGGGUUUCUGAUUCCCUGGAUGAGCAGU